UCUCAGAACAAAAGAAACUCGAGUUAAAUCAUACAGUCAAGCUUUAGCGUACAAACAUCACGAUAACUUAAAACUUUGUUUUCUUUUUUUUUUUUUUUUUCGUUACUUAACCAAAAAAAUAUAUAUAUUUUUAAAAUAAAUAUAUAAGACUUUGGUUAAAAUAUGUAACAACCAGUUGGUUUUUAUGUGAUUAUUUAAGUAUUUGAUACUUAGAAGUUUGUAGUGAUGGCUGAUAAAAGUGAAUCGCAGACGGAAGUUGACGAAAUUUUCGUCGAGUAUAACAAAAAUUGGUGCUGCGUGUUCGAGGAUUUAAUUGAAUGCCCAAUUUGUUACGAAGUACCAUCGGGAAAUAUUCAUCAGUGUACACAAGGACACGAUUUAUGUCAUUUGUGUGUUAAAAAAGUUGGUGUAUGUCCAAUUUGCAGUGCGACAUUUAAUGGCACAAGAAAUCGUUCUUUGGAAAAAUUAAUUCCAAUGAUAAACGAUUUUAAGUCUUUUUCUAUGGACCCUACAAAAUCAGGCGAGCAAUGCCGUCGAAUAAAAAAAAUUUCGAGGUCAACACAAACUUUAGAGGGUAACGUGAAUCCAUUGAGGAGAAGUCAACGGAUGAAAACAAAAAAUCUACAAGCGAUUAAUUAAGUCUAUGUGCAAAAAAAAAAAUUUUUAAUUUAAAGGGAAUUGAA